AUGAUCUCUUUAUGGAGAGUCACGGGCGGAGGUGACAAAGGUGGCAUCAUUGCUCGUGAAGCUUGCGAGAUUUCCUCCCUGCAAUUUCCGGAGCGGCUACAGACCGAAGCUCUGGUGAAGGAGGUGCAACUUGUGGGUGAGCGGCUGAACUACGAGUUGCUGGAGGGCUCCGGGCCAUACAGUGGAUGGGUCAGCACCAAGUUGAAGGACAAAGAUCUCCUUGAAAAGGUGGACCUUUUGAAGUUUUUCUCCCAUCUUCCAGUGGCAUCACCUUUGGCGGCUUCCCGGUGGCUGGCAAAGUAUCAGCCUCGUAAGGACGUGAGGUGUCGGCUGGUGUGCUUUUUUGGUGCAGGAAUGGAUGCAACUGGAUUUCUCACUUGGAAUGACUAUAUGAAUGAAAGGUUUCCCUUCAUUGAUCUCGUCUUGCUCAUGCUGCCUGGCCAUGGCAUCAAUCGCAACGUUGCCUUGGAGAGUGAUGCCAAGGCUUUGGCUAGCCUGACUGUGGUGGAGCUUCUGUCCCUUUCAUCACCGUGGCCAUUGACAGCGAUUUUUGGCUUUUCAGCUGGUGCCACCGCAGGCUUGGCUUGUGCUGCUGAGCUCGAGCGCCGACACUUGACGCCUUUGCGGCUCUACUGCGCGGGCCGUGCUGGACCUGGCAUUCGGUUUCGGCCUCCAAAACAUGAGGAGAUAUGGGCAUACAGUCCCAUUGAAUGGGCGCGGUGGUUUGCCAAGAAUUUCGCAACUCCCAAGGACAUUGAACGGACUGAAAAAUUGAUCAAGUUGUCGGAUGGUGGUGAUGACGGCCUUCUGAAGUCCAUUGCUAAGACUCAACGAGCCGACAUGCUCAUGGGAGACAGCCUGGCAGGUUCUGCAGUUCAACCAGUGGAGUGCGAUCUCUAUGUGAUGGGCUCUUUGCAAGAUGAGAUUUGGCCAGCAGAAAGCAGCAUGAAGUACGGCGAUCAUUGUCAGCCACCGUAUGAUGACAUGCUUGAGACCUGGAAGGGCUACAGCAAAGGUGUGGUGAAGUCAAAGUACUUCGAAGGAGUUAAGCACCAUGAGCUGUGCGCUGAGCCGCUGCUGGAGGAAGUCUGCACGGACCUGACAAAGGCUUUGGGCGACACACCAGGCCAAGAGACGGUCGAGACUGCACUUCCCGCUUUUGAUGAUGGGGAUCCAGAGGCCUUUGUCCAGCGCAUCAAGCGAGAACUAGGCAUUGAUGCUGGACCCCUAGCUUUCGAGCCAGAGUCCAAGCCUGCAAUGCAUCCGGCAGAGGUGGAAGCUCCCUUUAGUCCAUCAAAGGUCUUGCGGGAAAUUGAGGAGAUGAACGCAUCGUUUCAGAUCUUUCAGGCAGCCGAGGUGCCAUUGGACUCAUUGGACCCCAGCGCACCAGAAGCACCAGAAGCACCAGAAGCUCAGGUGCCAGAAAAGCCAAUCAAAGCUCAAAAGGUGGAAGCCCAGACUGCAGAUGUGGCCACAGGAUCGCCCAAACCCUCAGCAGAGGAGGCGCUUCUCUCACGAUUGGUGGCGCUGGAGGCAGAAGUGCUGAAGCUAAGAGAACCUGCGACAUCCAGGCCAAGUCCAGAGUUGAGCGAAAGCCCACGACGCCCUGCUGAGAACGCAGAGAAAUCAGAGAUGGAGGCACACCAGGCCAUGAGUUCUUUGGGUAUGAGUUUGCUCUCAUCCAGCUCCUUGUUUGCUUCGGUCUCUGAUCGACAGGAAGCAUCUCCUGAACAUCGAGAUGAAGAACAAAAGCAAAGUGAGGCCAGCGAGGUGGUCCAAGCAGAGCCCGAGAAAGCACUAGAAGCUGUCAAGCAAGCAGCAACGAAUCCAGAGCCAAGGGCACCGGAUCCGCCAGAAGGAGAAAUCAUCGCAGAAGCUUCCGAAGCUGGAACGCUGUCGCAGAAGGGCGCAGCAACAGCAAUUGAUGAAACCAAACAAUCUGCGACUGGAACUUCCAGGCCGAGUGUUGAGCCCCAAGUGCAAGAUGUCGAAACAGAAGAUGUGAAGGGAGCAGCUUUUUUCAUGCCCUUUGCUCCGCGCAAAGACACUGCAGUGCAGGUGCCGGAAGUGGUUGCGGCAAUGCCGAAGCAAAAGGAAGAUCAGGUGCCUGCAGUGGCCUCUGAGGUGAAGCAAGACACGGCACAAGCGGAGGCUUGUCAGGCCACAGACGACGAGCCAAAGCAGCCAGCAUCCUCUCCGCCGCAACCAGCCUUUGUGAAGGCCAACAGGCCAGAUCUCAAAGGUUAUGUUGCUGUGCCUGUACAGUUGGGCGACGCAAAACCAGCAGAGGAGAAAGGUGUGGCAGCUGUCGCAGCUCCUACCGGGAAACAACACUCCGCAGAGGUUCAUUGUGCCGGUUCUGGACCCUUGCCCAGCAAGACC